AUGUGGGCCAAGCCUGCUGUUGUCCACAACAGCAAAAAUGCUCUUUCUGAUUCAAAUAUGCUGCAAGAUCUGCAGAACCUGUAUAAGCGUAUGUUGGUGGCUGAGGAGUUGGGAGGGCAGGUCAGAAGCAAUCUCAGCAGCAUCCUGGAGCAUUUGAGGAAUUUGUCCGAAGCUGCCAAUCACACCCACCCCACCAUCUCCAGCACCACCACCAUCAUCUCCACAGUUUCUCCUGGUAGACAGACGUUACUUCAGCCCAACAUUUACCUCUACCUGCCUCACCUCAAACAACAUCCGGACAGCCUCAUUCCCAACAUAGUCCUGGGUCGGGGGCGCAAUGGAGUAUCCAUGGUGCUGGGUAUUCCGACAGUGAAGCGUGAUAAACAGAGUUACCUGGUCAACACACUCAACUCUCUACUCUACAGUCUGACUUUCUCGCAACGCCAAGAUCUCCUCAUCAUCGUCUUUGUUGCUGAGAUGGACUCAAACUAUGUGGAAGGUGUAGCUGAGACCAUCAGGAAGAAUUUUCCCAAGGAUGUGCAAUCAGGGUUACUGGAGGUGAUCUAUCCUUCACAGUACUACUACCCCGACUUCACCAGCCUAAGAGAGACCUUAGGAGACUCCAAGGACAGAGUCAAAUGGCGAGUUAAGCAGAAUCUGGACUUCUGCUUUCUCAUGCUAUAUGCUCAGGACAGAGGAACCUACUAUGUUCAGUUAGAGGAUGAUGUUAUUGCGAAGGCAAGCUACUACAAUGAAAUGAAGACCUUUGCCUCUAAGAUAGUUUCAACACCAUGGCUCUACCUGGAGUUCUCCCAGCUUGGAUUUAUAGGGAAGAUGUUUCAGACUCGUGACCUCCCGAUGAUUGCUGAGUUUUUCCUGAUGUUCCAUAGAGACAAACCCAUUGACUGGCUGUUGGAUCAUAUUCUGUGGGUGAAAGUUUGCAACCCAGAGAAAGAUGAGAAAGACUGCGAUAAACAAAAGGCAUUGCUCAGGCCGAGGUACGUUCCCUCACUCUUCCAGCAUGUAGGCCUGCACUCCUCUCUACCUGGGAAACUCCAGCAUCUGAUGGAUAAAGAGUUUGGAAAGCAGAUCCUGUACCAGCCCCAUAAAAACCCAGCUGCAAAGUUGAGUAGCAGCCUGAAACAGUACCAGCAUCACAGUCUGGACAUGGCUUACAGAGGAGAAGGCUUCUUCUGGGCGUCAACGCCCAUCCGGGGUGACUACAUCCUCUUCAACUUCCUACAGCCUAUCCACAUAUCUGGGUACCUGUUUCGCUGUGGAAACAUUGAGACCAUUGGAGAUAAAUUCCACAACACCACAGUAGAGGUUCUGCCCAGUAAUGUAAGUGGAUUUGAAAACGGAGUAGCUGAGGGAGAGAUUGAAGAAGCGCUACAGCCGGUUUCAGCGCUACGGCUGGUGGUUCAAUCUGACUCCACCGUCUGGGCUCUACUGAGUGAGAUACAUAUCAAGAUUUGAGGAGUCGUAAACUUGCUGCC